GUGAGAAUUAGCGAACGUCGUCGAGCACGCAUUUUGGAAGUCGCGGAUAUCUCGGACAAUUCUCUCCCCGACGAUCGUCGACUAUUUGUCUGUACAACGAAUGUGGAACUUUUAUUCCCGAUAAGCGAUAAGCGAUAAGUGCAUAGAUACAUCUGCGCAUCCUCUCGAUAGCUGUCAUCCUUAUCCGAGGUAUAUGCAUCGCUCGAGUUCCCGAAUGUAGUUACAUCUGAUUCAUCCGACGCAUUCUUCGAUAAAUUAUGAAAUAACGAUGCUUGCAGAUCUCGGUUGGAGUCUCUACUAUUAUUUGUGUUUGAUUCGAUAUGUCUGUACGUCGCAAAAGCGAUUCGUCUAUGACUCAGAGGAUCUGGGAUACAAUCAAAACUACAGUACAUCAGAGAAGUUUACCUAGUAACGAUCGUAUGGUACGGCAUUUGGCUCGAGUUUACGGCUUUACAGAACAAGAGGCUCAAGAUGAACUCAAUAAGGCGGUCGAGGACGGUCUUGUCUUGUUGAAAAAAGUGCCUACGAAAAAUGGCAUCGAGCAGGAAAGUUACAGAUUCCCUUCGAUAGGCACAACGGAGAAUGAUAGCCACGAUUGGUAUUGUUGCAAGUGCCAGAGAGCAGGUGCAGUCGAAUGCUGCGAGCAGUGUCACAGAGUCUAUCAUCCGGAAUGCCAUACAUCCAGCAAUGGGAAAUUAAAGAUUUGUAACUUUUGCGAAAAAAUAAACAGUGAUGUAUAUUCUGAUAAGAACGAUCUCAAUCACAUUCUUGGUUUCACGUGUGGUCAUUUGAAAGCUAAAUUGCCACCGGAAAUCACAAAUCGUACCAUUGUCUUCAACAAUGAUCCAAUUGUUACACCGGCCAACGGUUUCUCUGGACCCACUUGGGUAAGCGAGGGCGAAGACGCGUGGCGGCCAGGAAUUCUAAUAAAACAUCACAUGGAUUUGGCGAUAAUGGACGCGAAAACAAGCAAAAAUGAGUACAACAAUCUUGCCGAAUUUGAGGCUGACGCACACAAUAUUCUACAUAACAUCUUAAUAUAUCAUGGAGGUCACAGUGUAAUAGGAGAAAUGGGCCGCAUAAUGUAUCAGGAUUGUUGUUACGAUCUUCAAGAAAUUCGUCGUUGCGCGGAUUGCUAUCGUAUAUCGAACGAAAAAUCCGAAAAGAUGUGGUUCUGUAUACCGUGUAAUCCGCCUCAUCAAUUAGUUUACGCGAAGCAAAAGGGAUAUCCGUAUUGGCCCGCGAAAGUCAUGCAAGUUAAUGGCAAUGUAUACGACGUGCGUUUUUUCGGAGGUCAUCACAUGAGAGCUAACAUUGAAAAAGUCUUUAUUCGGCCAAUUUCCACCACUUUACAAAGCUUACAGGUAAAAAAAUCAACAGCUUGGAACAGAGCUUUCGACGAGUUAAAGCAUCAUCAAAACUUAUUACAAAAGUUAGGAAAAAACAAGGAAGACUUGAAUAUUACAGAGGAUUCUUCACCUGCAAAGAUACAAAAGUUGGAAUCGUCGAGUUCAAGGAGUACAUCGCAUAGUAAUCCAAACCAAUUAAUUAAGGACUUGAGAGUAAGAGUCGAACGUUUAAGUUCGGAUGGCAAUACCGAGGAGUCGCAGACUCCAAACGAUGAGUCGGAUAAUAAAGACGCUUCGGAAAAUAACGCCGAGAACGAAGAAAGACAGGUACCUUGUUUACCAGUAGCAGAAGACGAACCUGCUAGAGGUAUAAUGAGCACAUGUCCACAAGGUUUGAAGAAAGAAGGCUCGCAAGAAGACAUGGUCACAUCUAGUUGUCAAGAACCAAGAUCGAAAUGCGUCCUUGUUCAAACAGAACAGAUUCAAACGGAUGGGCUUCCUACUAAGAUUAAAAGGGAACGCAGAACUUCAGAACAACCAACGACAACGGCAUUAGAAAAAUUACGCCGCGAAUUAGAAACUGAAAAGUGUAGAGAACUGGAAAGAUUACAAGCGGAACAUGCGAUAGAACUGCGACAAUUGACCGAUAGGCAUUUACAACUUGUGUCUGACAUAAAAAAGAAACAAUGGUGUUACAAUUGUGAAGCUGAGGCAAUAUAUCAUUGUUGUUGGAAUACUGCGUACUGCAGUACAGAUUGUCAACAGGUUCAUUGGCAACGUGAACAUAAAAGAGUAUGCAGACGUAAACGUUAAUUUACAUAACAAAUGUGCAAUGAGUACAAUAACACAAAAAAGCAAAAGAAAAUAGGUAAACAAGAAGAGAAACACAUUUUAUAUAUGUGAAAACAUAAAUAGUUUUUAUAGUGUACGAGAAUGCGUUUAUCUCCCUCUUGUUAUCUGUUUAAAGUUCAAACUUUAGAACAUUUGAACAUUUUUUUGCAAUUACUAUUAUAAAAGUAUAAUAUAUGUAUGAAUGCAUAUAUAUAAAAUGUCUUGAUACUAUUUCGAUUAUUAGAGAUAAAGAUGAACAAAAUAUCAUUUUUCAAAUAAAUUCCAUGAAGUUGUAAAAAAUAGUUUAAUUAUAUCUUUCAAUAAAGACUCUGCACAUAAAUAAAAGUGCAUUGCUUGUAAACUAUAUGUAUACAUACAUAUAUAAAAGAAUAAUCUGUAGAAGCACAUUAAUAUAUUCUUGACAUCUGUUCAACAUGCCUUUGCAAACUUCCUAUGUAAGUGGAAGAAAUGUUAUGUGUAUACGCAAGUAAAUUUUAAAGAAUAUUUUUAAUUGUAUCAAGCGGUAAAACAGAAUAAUUUUUAAAUAAUCAUAGUUUUGUACAUUGAUAUUUAUAUGAAAUUUAUUACUCUUACUGGUCCAAUGUUCACCAUCAAUUGCAGGGAAAAGAAGAAAGUUCCAGAAAGAAAUAGUUACAAUUAUAAUAUCAUAUGUGCGGAAAUGAUUCAUAAGAUAUAUUAGAUAAGUUUUAAAUUAUCUAACCUAUUAUUUUUCUAGAUGCAUAAAUUUUUGUUCAACAUGCGAGAUUAUAGUAUUAACAAAUUUUAACUAAAUGUAUGUAUGUCAAUAUGAAGAAAUGUAUCUUUUUCAUUUGUUAUCAGUAAUUUUUUUUGAUAUAUUAUUUGCUUUAAUAAUUCAUUUAAGAACUUCAAUUCUUUUCAGAUUUAAAUAAAUUUUCAUAGAAUAAGAUGAUAUAAAAAAGUCAAAUAAAAAACAUCAAUAUAUUUAUUUUAUAAUCUAUGUAACGGAACAAUUUUCUGAACAAUAUAUGAGACGCGUUAUAAAUAAGUUGCAUCUAGUGUUUUACAGUAUAAAAUCUAAUUUGUUACAAAUGUUGCAUUAAAUCACAGUAAAUACUUAUAAGCAAUACAAAAUAAU